AUGUCAACGUCAACGUCAGCGGCACCCAUGAAAGACAUUGAGGCAGCGAACGGUCUACUCACUCUACACGAGCCGAGGUGCGUCCAGGGUUACAUCAUCGCAGCGGGUUCACGGAUCCGUCGAUACAGAAAGGAUGCUGAUACAAAAACGGAACUAGAAAAGGCAGACGGAUAUUUGGAUACAGGAGAUGAAGCGCAGAUCAGUGUCCGCCUGCCAAAUCUUGAGGAGGUGAAAAAGGAAUUCUACGAAAUCCGUGAAAAAAUCUAUCUUCUGUUAGAGGAUCAGUUUGCGGGUGAAGAUGUCGACUCUAAGGAGGAAUUCAUGCAACAACAGGAGAUGUCUAAUUUCCAGGUAUUGCAGGACUUCGAUGACAGAUAUUGCGAGCUGAAAUCGAAGCUAUUGGUGUUCCAGCGUAGUACUACUCCGAAUCUGACCAGUUAUCGCGAAAGUUCAUCAGCAAAUUUCACAACGUAUUCGAAAGUCAAACUUCCCGAGAUCCGGCUACCCUCCUUCAGCGGCAUAAUCAGCGACUGGAUUACCUUCCGAGACACUUUCCGAAGCCUGAUUCAUCAGAACAGUCAACUCACCGAGGUGGAUAAGUUCACCUACUUGGAAUCGUCGUUGGUGGGAGACGCGUUGCAGGAGGUUCAUGCUAUUGAACUGUCGACUGCAAACUACGAGGUGGCUUGGAGUGCGCUACAAAAUCGGUACGAAAAUAAAAAGUUGAUAGUUAAAAACUAUCUGGAUGCACUCUUUGCCGUCGAACCGCUGAAAAAAGAGAACUUCGAAUGCCUCAGUCGUCUGAUCGGUGAUUUUGAGAAAACCCUGCAAAUGCUAGAUAAAGUCGGCGAGAGCACCGCUGGUUGGAGCACCAUUCUUGCGCACAUGGUGUGCGCGAGAAUAGAUGCUGCUAAGCUCCGUUGUUGGGAAACGCACCAUAGUUCCAAAGACGUCCCAAAAUACGAAAAUAUACUGUCUUUCCUUCGAAAUCACUGCUCGGUGCUCCAAUCUGUGAUGACAACCAAGAGUACUGUUUCCGACCAACGAUCGAUGAAGCCAUCCACCUGCUAUACCCUAGUGAAUACGGGGAAAUGUCAUUUCUGCAAAGGUCCCUUUCAUUCUGCGUUCUUGUGUGCGAAGUUUCAAGGUAUGAACAUCACGGAACGCAACGAAGCUGUUAAGAAGAAUCAACUCUGUCGCAACUGUCUUCGUACUGGUCAACAAGCUUGGAUGUGCGAAAGAGGUGUCUGUCAUCACUGUUCGCAGAAGCAUCACUCUAUGCUAUGCCCUACAUCACCGUUGGGUAGAUCCUCCGUUCCACUGCCGCCGUCCGGACCUUCAACAGUACACCCACAACCGCAACUGCCACCAUCUCAGCUACACAACCCGAACCAACAAACACACACUAACACUAGACAUGCACUCACCGCUACAGACUCGCAUAGCUUACAAUCGCCGUCCACAUCAUACAAUGCCACCUCUAGCAACACCUUCAUAGCACAACAGGUAGUUCCAACCCACAAUGUCAUACUGUCCACCGCUCUUGUUACCGUGAGAGACCAUGUGGGGAACACCAUGUUAGCCCAAGCUCUACUUGAUUCUUGCUCCCAGCACUGUUUGAUGACAAAAAGUUUUGCAAACAAGCUGCAGUUCCGAAAAUUUCCAGCAUAUUUGUCCGUGCACGGUAUCGGUUCAGGAUGCGCUGUUUCUACGAUGAUGGUGAGCGCCAAAGUGGGUGCGAGAUCGAGAAGCUUUCCAACAUUUUCCGAAGAAAUGCAGUUUUACGUGCUGCCAAAGCUGACGGCUGAGCUACCAACUGCAAGUUUCGAUCCAACAGAGUGGAACAUACCGGAUGCUUCUCUUCUCACCGAUCCGUGGUUCAACAGACCUGCAACUAUUGACUUAAUCAUCGGAGCGGAGUAUUACUUUGACUUAUUGACAGAAGGGCAAUCCCAGGCAACGUGUAAGGGUCCUACACUUCAGAAUACAGUGCUGGGAUGGAUCGUUUCCGGUCGAGUUCCCAACAAUCCUGUUGAUAAUCCUACUAUGAAUCUUUGCGUAACUACAACUAUCCAGGAUCAGUUGACCAAGUUCUGGGAACUCGAGACCUGUAGAACGAACACUACUAACUCCAUAGAAGAAUCAGCGUGCGAGAUGAUUUAUGAACAGACAACUACCAGAGAUUACACGGAGAGAAUUGUUGUAACCCUACCGAAGAAACAAUUUAUCAUCGAACGACUUGGCGAGUCGAGGACCGCUGCGAUGAAGAGAUUCAUCAGGCUGGAGCGACGAUUCACUGCGAAACCUGAGUUGCGGGAGGCCUACACCGACUUCAUCCACGAAUACCAGCUACUUGAACACAUGAACGAGGUUUUUGAACAGUCCGCUACAUUGUCUACUACCUACCACAUCACGCUAUAUUGA